AUGAAUAUGAAAACUAAUACAAUUAAUAAUAAAAGGUUACCAAAAAUCGAAAUAACGGUUUCGUUUCCACCCGAUAUCGUGCCGAUAAAUUUAAUCAAUCGUGCUCUGGAAAAGACUCGAAGAACAGGGAAAUAUGCUCGAGUUCCUAACGCUUUUAUUGCGUAUCGUUCUGUUUUCUGUAAGGAACUUCAAAAAACAAUACAUCCAAUCAUUACGCAACCUCAACUUUCGUUGAUUACUAGAGAAUAUUGGUCAAAAGAACCAGAAAAUGUUCGCCGAGAAUACGAAAGAAUUGCUGCCGAAGCGAGAAAUUUAUAUAUACGAAUUUGUAUUGAACAAAAGCUAUUUCAAGAAACUAAAGUAAAUAAAAACAACGAGAAAGGAGAUUCUUAUUCCUAUUGGUCAAAGCAACAUAGUGAAUUUGCUCAUGAUCCAAAUUCUUGGCAAAUUUCACCACAAACUAACGAAAUUGAAUUUUCUGAAAGCAUAAACAAUGGGCUAUUAGAGAAUUUUAUAGUCGAUGAAUCUCACACAACCUCUAAUUUUAUAGAUACUACAUUUUUUAAUCCUCCAAUCGAAAAUAAUCAAUUUUUAAACAUAGAAUCGAAUUUUUUAUCUGUAUUUUCUGAUGAUAAUUUAACAUUUUUAUCAAAUACGCCGCCCUCUGCAGAAUGUUGCGAUUCAUGUAAAAAAUACACUGAAUACUUAGAAAAGCGUAUAAGCGAUUUAGAAGUACGAUUGAAUGAUUUAACAGAGAAAUACAAAAAAAGUAAUUAA